CUUGCGCUCCGGUACCAUGCGCUAAUGUUUACAGAAAGUAGGUAUGGCUCAUAGAAGCGAUGUGAUACAGCCAUACCAAUGUGAUCCAGAAUCUGACCCAGAAGGAGAGGCUCCUGAAGAAAUUCAAACUCUGCGGCUGCAGCAGGACGUUUCUGAAUGGUGCUCCUGUGGAAACUGUGCUACCAUGCCCACAGAAGCUGAGAAUAUCUGCUGUUUAGAGAUACCACAGGUUACCAGACGGCUGCGGGAGGUUGAGGAUGAGCCAUCAUGUAUGGUAGACCAUCCUGGGUUGGAGCCUGUCUGCCUCAAUGUGUACUCUCUGCAGAAUGCCUGCCAAAUAUACCGAGCUGACUAUGGUCCUUUACGGCUGAGAGGAAUACACCAUCAUUACAGGUAUUUCGCAUAUCGCAGCUUCGUUAGCUGGUGCGGGGGCUUCCUGGGGCGCAGAAUCCGGGUCGUCAUUCCAGCUUGUGUGGUCCUUCGCAUCCACACGGAGUUUCCUGAUGCUGAAGGCCACUGUGUGGGAUUUGGCCCUCGAUUGAACAGGGACACAUAG